AUGGCGUGCAUGGUUCCCUUCUGUGAUAAUCCAAGAGCGUCACAACACCAGCAUAGAAAUCGCCGACAACAACAACACUCAAAUUAUCGCGGCGACCUGAACCUGCGAGCCAACUCUGGCGACGAUGUUCCCGAGAGCGAGAACACCAACCUCUGGAUCACCAACCUCCCCAACAGCAUCACCCAUCGACGAUUCCUAAGCGCCAUCCACAAUGUCGGCAGAGUCCGAUCGCUGGUAAUCCACAACUCCGGGUCGAGACGCGGGACCGCCGCCGCCGCACUCAGCUUCUUCCGACGCCCCGCGUCCGAGCUGUUCAAGUCGCAAUGCGACAGACGCCUCAUCCAAUUCGACGGAAGGGUUCCCCGCGUCGUAUGGAACCGGCACAAGGUCGAGCAGACCAACGAGGGCGUCUUGAGCCGAGUGCUCCUCAUCGCUGGGGAUCCUGAGAUUGUGAACCGUCGUUGCUUGGACGAGUUCUUCGCGACGAGGUUUACCUAUGACAUCGAUCGAAUCAUCCCCCAUGGGACUGUGGAGACAGAGACGGGCCCGGUUGCGCGGUUCGAGUACAGAUUCGGCUCGUGGCGAGGACAGGCGGUGUUAGGAUUCUAUGCUAUACAGAAUGAGCUUUACGGCAGAGUCUUGACUGAGUAUGGUAUGGAUCCCUGUAGUUGA